AUAUCUACGCCUCAGCCGCCGCAUCAUUAGCAGCCAAAUGUUAGUGGAAGGUCGGUCUCGUAUGUGUCUGCUUCGAAUCACACUUCACUCGCAACUGUGCAUCCAAGUAGUUUGGACGUGGAAAAUUUUCCUCUCUGAGUAUUUUUUUAGAAACUGCUCCAAAAUCAAAAUGUCUCAAUCAAGUUCAACCAGCUGUUCCACAAAUACUGCGUCCACGGCGCAAAUGCUGCAAAUGCCCAUGGGCCAACAAAUUUUGGAAAUUGAGCAAUGUCUGUUUCCCGUACCGGAGGAGUUUUUCAUGAAAAGUCCGGAAAAGGACGAGUGCAUUUCUGCGGCAUUUAGUGAAUCGCUGAGCGACAUUCCGGAAAUUCCGUCGUACACACGGCUGGAAGAUCUCCUGCGCCAGGGCUUAUCAUCGGAGGUUAUCGACAAGCUGUGCUUCAAUGAGAUGCUGCUGAUAAGCACGAGCGACGACCAAAUCGUCGGCGGAUUGGCGGUGCAGGUGGAAACUAUUGCCGACGAGGUGGUUGCCGUUUUUUGCAGCUCUCAUUUUGUCAUGGGUGAGGAUAGGACGGCUCGUUGUGAACUGCUGGCCUUGACCGAUAAACAGUUUAACCCAUUUCAGGAGAGAAAGUGUGAGACGGUUCUGGCUGGCGAUUUGAAACAGGAAAAGCAAUUGCAGCUGUAUUUUGAGGAAGAUCACAGCGUAACAGCUUUCCGCCAGGAAACUGUGGCCGACAAGUGCGAAUGCUUCGAAGGCACACUCAGUGCCGGCGAGGACGGGCCUCUGGUGUCGGAUGGAUUGAACGUUCUUUUCAUGCGGUACUUGGUUUUCACGGGUUUCGUGGGUGAAAUUCAUACGAGGACAAUCGACAUUGAAGGACGCAUCGGGCAUUCUCUGUAUCAAAUUUCCCAAGGAUCUCCUGUCGACAUCAACGGUAGUCUUCAGAACACGACGCAAGUAGUUCGGACAUUGUUCUAUCCAGAUACAGAUAAACCAGAAAUCAGUAACAGUCUGUACUUGUCGUCCGGCCAUCUGUUGCGACACGCGUGGAACAACUCCUCCUACUCGAUCGUGCUCAACCCCAGACAAACCCAGUCGGAGUUUCCAAUCGACGUAGAAGAUCUUUGUACUACCAUGCGUAUUUAUCUGGAAGAGUUGGCCAAAUUGCUGGAGGGCGCUCCUGAGCAACCGUCCGCCAGGGGUUCGUUGAUGUUGCAGAAACCUUCGCAAAUUGUGCGUGCCGUGCUCUCUGAAAUUCUGCGAGAUGCCACAGAAAAGGCAGCUGCCGUAUCUCGGCGAUCGUCUGAAUGUUCCAUGUCUCCUGACACCAUUAGAGACGUUUUGGUCGAUUUAAUAAAUCAGAUGUCCAUAAUGUAGCAUUUACU